AUGGCGAGCUUUCUAAAUGCAAAUCGAUUCCUGCAACGGUCAGCUUGUUUGCACCCAAGCUUUCCAUUCAAGGCGCCGCGUGGUUUUGGGAAAUGCACGACGAGAAAUUUAAAACAAUACUAUACGCCCGCUUCUGGACCAUACCUUCGUGUUUCCAUGACAAAGGCCCCUCAAAGUUUGGGUCUGUGUUCUGCUAGAGGCGACUCUCUCGAAAAUCAGGAUCGUCUCUCGUUUGGCUACCUGGACAAGCUCAAAGCUCCCAUUUUCUUAAACGACGAAGAGGCUCCUGUACAGUCUUUGAGUUCCAACAAUUCCUCAGACGCUAAUUUCAGUAAGGGAUCUGGACUGUUUGGUUCUUUUCCAAAUUUCGAUAGUCCCUUUGUAUAUGGAAUCUUCGAUGGUCACGGCGGUGUCGAAUGUAGUGAGUUUUUGAGUAAUCACUUGGGCCAUAUAAUAGAAAGACAAGAUUUUUCGCGCGCUGAAGAGUUGCUUCAGGAAGCCAGGUCCUUGGGCGGUUACAUGUUCUCCUUGGAACCACCUUUUUCACUGGCUUCUGUCCUGAAAUCUCGCGAUGAGGACAUGAUUUGGAGGGCUAGACUCUAUUAUUCCUUUUUAGAAGCAGAUUUAAUUUAUUUGAAGGAAUAUGCCAAGCUCUCUCCUGAUCGUGCUGUUCCUGGUGCCGUAGGAACGGUGGUCGUUCUUACUUCAAAAAACAACAAAUCGUAUUGGGAAAGUGACAGCUAUACGAUUCAGCUAGCUCAUGUCGGAGACACACGAGCGAUUUUAUGUGAUUCUCGUACUGGACGAGCACAUCGUUUAACGUUCCAGCAUAAUCCUACCGAUUUCGAAGAAUCGCGAAGACUUCGUCACUAUAAUCUUGGGUUUUCUAGUGACUCUUUUGGUGAAAAGCGAUAUGCCUGGGUUGCAAAUACUCGAAGUUUUGGUGACGGUCUAAAAUUAAAGAGGCUCGGUGUCGUUGCUGAACCACAACUCACAUCCAUUCAUUCUUUAAGAGAUGACUGGUCUUUUUUGACUUUGCUUUCGGACGGGGUUACCCAGGUGGUAUCGGAUGAUGAAGUGGUCGACAUCAUUAAAUUGUCCGAGUCUCCUCAGGAUGCUGCAAAUAACAUUAUUAGAUAUGCACAAAAUGUCGGCUCUGUAGAUGAUAUUACCUGUUUGGUAAUUCGGUUACCUGGUUGGAAAAAGCGUACUAUGAAUGACUUUACUAAAAAUCUGCGAUUAGAAAAGUCUUUUUACGUACCAAGAAAGAGUUAA